AUGUCCCGAUCAGUUUCACAGACGUCCCGGCCAGUCGGCCGAGGGCUAGGAAGUACAAGCGUCAUGAUUCCGCCUAGUGCUAAAAAGAUCGUGCAAGAAUUGAAGGAAAUCGUGUCAAACACGGAAGAGGAAAUUUACGUAGCGUUGAAAGAGUGCAAUAUGGAUCCGAACGAGGCUGCUCAGAGGUUGUUGAAUCAAGAUCCCUUUCAUGAAGUGAGGCGGAAGAAGGGGAAGAAGAAAGAGGACGGUGGCGAGGUCAGAAUUAGGGGUGGAGCUGGAAGAGGCGGGGGUAGAGGAGGCGGCGGAGCAGAUCGCGGCUCUAACCGCCCAGACUAUGGCGGUGGGCGAGGACGGCCGAUGCCGCAACGAGAAAACGGGAUUCAUCCCAGUUUUAGACCUGGCGGGGCAGGGGCCCCAGGCGGGCCUGGUUACAUUCCCGUGGUUGGGGCCCCGGCUCCAGGAUACGGCGGAGCUCCUGUUGGUGCACCGGGAGGGUUUUCCGGCUAUCCUCAGCAAAGGGGCCCCGUUCUGGGAGUCGCAGCACCAAGUGGCGGGGGAGCAUACGUCACCGGCGUACCUGGCACUGCACCGGGCCAGCCUGUUUCGGCUGGUGUGGGUGCGAAUCAACCUACAAGCCUACCUGGUCAGCCUGCCCCUGCGGGAGGCUCGCUCUACUCUCGUCCUGGCGGAGCCUCGCUGUGGGGCGGCGGCGGAACGACUAUGGCGGAUAUGCUCAAGUCCUCCGCCGCCGCGCAGCAAGCACAGCAAGCUCCGCCUCCGCCGGCACCCGCGCCGGCCCCGACCUUGCAGGCGCACGCGCCCAUUCCCCAGCCAGCCGCACCCGUUGUUACUGGUCCCCCUGCACCCACUCCGUAUCUCGCGGCAACCAUGGCGUCAGCCGUUACGGCGCCGAGUUUGUACUCGUCUGCAGCAGAUCCGGUACUGCAUCCGCAGAGUAAGAGAGACGUGGGCACAGUAGGCCCGCAGAGGCCAAUCGGGGAGCGACUGCCGCCGGCGAGCGUGGCUGCUGAAGUGGCUGAUGGUAGCGACGCUGCUGCCACCCAACUGCCGGGAGUUGCUCUGGUGGUAGAGCAGCAGCAGCAGCAGCCCGAUUCUAGCGCGGCUCAGGUUUCUGUGAGCGAUGCGGCAGACGCUGUUCCGGCUGCUGGCACGGGCCUGCAGGUGCAGCAGCAGGUGGCUGAGCAGCCGCCGCCGCAGCAGCAGCAGUCUGUUCUUGGAUCGAUUGGCACUCCCGCUGCUGCUGCAGCCGACGUCGUGGCGGUUACUCCCGCGCAGGAACCGGAGGCAGCUGUUGCGGCUCCAGAGGACCGGUCAAGCGUGGCGGCAGCAGCAAGCAAGCUGCAGAGUCUGGGCCUGCAGGACGACAAGCCUGUCAUCAUUCCCGGGCAUCUGCGCGUUCCCGAGGCUGAUCAGACGCGCCUCAGCUUCGGCAGCUUCGGAGCUGGGUUCGGCACGUCUUUCGGGACCGGCUUUGGCGCGGACGCGCUGUCCGCCAGCAAGGCCGGUGACGCUGUCGGUUCGUCAAGUCUACUUUCGCAGCCUGCUGCUGCGCAAGCGACGGAGCAGCAAGAGCCGGAGCAGGAGAAGGAGCAGGAGCAGGAGCAGGAGCAGGAGGCGAAGGAGGAUCACGCUCCGAUCGUGGACGUCGAGCCGGUGGAGCCCCCCAAGCAGGAGGAGGAUCUGCCUGUCCCGCAGCAGCAGGCGCAGGCGAAGGAGGAGCAGGCGCAGGCGGGUGUGGCGGAGUCGCUCCCGAGCCAUCAGGCGGAGGCGGCAGCCUUUGCUGCCCAGGCUGCGGCUGCCGCGGCGGCGGCGGCGGCGCAGCAGGCGCCAGCAGCUGCUGCUCAGCCGAUGUUGCAGGAGGCGCAGGCUCCUGUGGUUGCCGCCCAGCAGCCGCAGCAGCAGCAGCAGGUGGCGCAGCAGGUAGCUUCGCAGCAGCAGCAGCAGCCGCUGGCGGAACAGACCCAAGCUCAGCAGGCGAUCGCCCCUCAAGUUCCGCUUGUCCAGCAGCAACAGCCAGCUCAGGUGCAGCAGCAGCCGCAGCAGCAGGCGCAGAGUCAGCUGUCGCAGCAGCAGCAGCUGCAGCAACUGUCGCAGCAGCAGCAGCAGCAGCAGCAGCAGCAGCAGGCGCAACAGGCGCAACAGCAGCAGCCGCAGCAGCAGCAGCAGCAGCAGCCUUCCGCGUAUCCGUAUGUGCCUGCGCUUCAGAACUAUCCCGCGUUUGGCCUGGUCCCGCAGAUGCCCGCGGGGCAAUAUCCUGCAUACGACGCGUCAGAGCCACAAGUCGCAGGAGACAUUUCCCGCUUUACGUCCGUGGGACUGCAGCAGUACAGUGACCCGCCUGGCAGCUACUACUCGCCCGCGUUCAGGCCCAGUGGCGAUGGCGAAAUGCGUUACUCUCCGUUCGUGACUUCGUCGGGAUCUGCUCUGGGUGCCAAAUACGGGACGGCAGGUGCAGGGCAGGGACUGCCUUCUCAAGAGACAUCGAGCAGCUUGGGCAUUGUGGGUGCUCCUUCCAUGGGACAGGCCUCCUCGCACUCCGCUGGGCUCUCCCAGCAGCAGGCUCAGCAGCAGCAGCCCCAAGCACAGCAGCAGCAGCAGCAGCCACAGCAGCAGCAGCAGCCUCAGCAGCAGUCGCAGCAGCAGCCGCAGCAGGGGCAGCCGCAGCAGGGGCAGCAGCAGCAACAGCAACAGCAGCAGCAGCAGCAGCCUGUUCCCAUGCACGCAGCGGCUGCAGCUGCGUAUGCGGCCCAGCCAGCAGGCAUCCCCAUGGGGGCGCAUUACGGGAUCAACUAUGCAGGCUAUGCGCAGUAUGCUGUGCCGCCCAAUUACUACACCAUGCACUCGCCCUACACUCACCCCAGCUACGCAACCCCCUCGUCCACAUACCCACAAGCGCCUGGCAAUCCUUCAUACCCCACAGCAGCAGGCUCAUCGUACCCUCCCGGCACGGUCGCAGGUGCGAAAUACCCCAUGCCAGCAGGGUAUAAAACUGCAGGUUCCACUGCGGGGACAGGGCACUUGACUGCGGGGGCAGCAGCGUAUGGGGCGUAUCCGGGGGCAGCUGGGGGUUAUGGAGGGGGGCCUGGGAUGUCAGCAGGUGGGACAAGCAGCGGCGGGUAUGAGGAUGUUGGGGGCAGUCAGUACAAGGACGCCAGCAGCCUAUACCUUCAAGGCCAGCAGGUGUCAAGAGACAUGGCAGCAGCAGCAGUGGCAGCAGGCAUGCCCACGUCUUCCUACUACAACCUUGCACCAGGACAAGCUGGUCAUGCAGGGGGCUACCCAUCAGCCACACACAGCCAUCCCCAGGCACCAGGUGCCCACGCCACACACCCUGCAGCAGCAUACGGAGCAGCCGCCGCCGCCGCUGCGGGAUUAUACCAUGCUUCCCAGUCAGGCCCCGGCGGGCCUUCAGGCCAUGUGCACGGGCACUCCCACCAGCAACUGCUGCAGUCGCAGGGUAUGGGUGGUAGCGCUGGCGGCGCUGGCGGGUCUGCUGGCGGUGGUGCUGGUAGCUACCAGCAGCAGCAGCAGCAGCAACAGCAAGCGCAGGCGCAACGCUCCCAGCAGAGCUGGAGUGGCACAUACUGA